UCCCAGGGUGACUAAUCCCAUCAGUAUUGAAUUGACACAAGCCUUUUUAGACAGACGGGCCUGCCGUCCCAUUGUUGUAAACGGUCUCUCUGCGUAAACUUGCUGCUGUAAUGCUAUUUUUUUGUUGUUGUGAAGAGCUUUGUACAUCCCUCAGCGAUUCCGCUUAAAGCCCGUCAUUAUGGGACGUAGCGCUGCGUUAGCUUUUAUAUUCACGCGCUAAAUGUCCACACCUUCCACCGCUAAGAUCUAGCCAAGAUCAUUCUAGCUUGAGCCUCCUCUUUCUGGACAAAGAGCAACAACAAAAAAAGCGCAUCAGGUGUUCGCUAUUGCGUUGACAUAAAGAACAGAUCGUGUUCACCAUCUGCUACAAAAACCGCGGCAAGACCGCGGCUGUUUCUGUUGAGUUUAUCUCGUUUUUAAACAAAUGAGUGCGCUUCAUGUAGCUUGCCCGAUGGACGGACUGGAGCCGGCACACAGCGAUAGAGCGCAGACAGACAAGAGGGGUUGAAUACAGAGAUACAACGGAACAGAUCCAUUAGCCACAAUAGAUUCUUUUCAAUGAAUGAAUGAGACAUAACCCGUGUUUAUGCCGUAAAAGAAACACAAAAGUUAGUUUUACCAUUAUUUUCAUAAUGAACUCCUGGUGUUCAGCCAAAACCCUGGACUACAAUAAUAACUUGACAAUAAAGAGAAUAUUAUGAAAUGACCUUGAGCUACAGCUCACAGUAAUCAGUACCGACGCGGUCGUCAUUUACCAGAUUCACUAAAAUGACAACGAACUUUCUGAAUCGCACGUCACAGAAUUCAGUCUUCAUUGGCAACCGCUCUUGGAAGGACACGCCGUUGGCAUGACGCACCGUAGUUUAUCACGCAUCAUGCGCUUACGCGUUUAUCACAACUACUACUGAUACAGGCCUCUGUCGAAACGUAAGGGAGUAACACGCUGUAACAUGCAAUGUGGGAGUUCAAGAUAAAUGUCCUGUCAUUUCGCAGGACUUUUAGGGGAAAUACUUUUGCCGCGUACUCCAGCACAUUAGAUUUGGAAAUAAAACCGGGGAGGGACACGGCGUGGGCGUGAAGACGGCAUGAGGCCAGCCCCGUACUACCCAGCAUUCCCUGCUCCCUAACCGCGCGGACCGAAGAGGCAGACGAGGAGAGACACGGCGCCUCGCGGGAGGGUCCCGUCCCACCUUUCCCCCCGGGAUUAAUACCAUGGACCAGCUGGAUCGCUGUGACAACCGCACUCGAUCGCAGGCCUCCUAUUGGUCCUGACAGAGCGACCGGAGGCGUUUUUUUUUGGAGGGGGGCGGGACGUUUGCAGGAUGUUCAUGAACUUCCGCAGGAUCAGAAAAUGUCAGUGCGUGCAGCUGCUGACCACCUGCUUCGCCCUGUCGGUGCUGAUGGUGAGCUGGGAGCAGGUGGACCACCACGUGGUGAGCCACAUGCGCUCGUACUCCUACCGCUACCUGGUGAACCGCUACGGCUUCCUGAACGGCAGCUUCGCCGUUAGCCGCGGCGCGGCGCUGGCGCUCAACAACCACUCGUACCUGCUGGACCACGCGGACGCCUGCGCGGGCGGCGACGUGCUGCUGCUGCUCUUCGUCAAGUCGUCCCCGGAGAACCUGGAGAGGCGGCGGGCCAUCCGCUCCACCUGGGGCAACGCCACGUACGCGCGGCAGCGGCUGGGCGCCGGCGUGCGCGUGCUGUUCGCCCUGGGCCUGCACCCCGACGCAGGCCGCCGCGCGGCCGUGCAGAGGGGGCUGCUCGCGGAGGACCGGCGCCACGGGGACCUGGUGCAGCAGGACUUCGUCGACUCGUUCCACAACCUCACGCGGAAGCUGCUGCUGCAGGUCCGCUGGGCGCACACGCGCUGCGGCCACGCCCGCUUCUUCAUGACCGCCGACGACGACGUCUUCGUGCACAUGCCCAACCUGGUGCGCUACCUGGAGGGCGUGGCGCGCGCGGGCAAGGCGCGCGACUUCUGGGUGGGCCGGGUCCACCGGGGGGCGCCGCCCAUCCGCCGCAAGGACAGCAAGUACUACAUGUCCCACGAGAUGUACCCCUGGACCUCGUACCCCGACUACACGGCGGGGGCCGGCUACGUGGUGUCGGGCGACGUGGUGGGGAAGCUCUACCGGGCGUCUGCCACGCUCAACUCCACGCUCUACAUCGACGACGUCUUCAUGGGCAUCUGCGCGACGGUGGCGGGCGUUUCUCCGCAGGAGCACGUCUACUUCUCCGGGGAGGGCAAGGCGCCCUACCACCCCUGCAUCUACGGCGCGAUGAUGACGUCGCACGGACACGUGACCGACAUACACCGCCUGUGGAGGGAGGCGACCGACCCCGCCGUCACGCGAACCUGCUCGGGGCUGCUGGGAAGGCUCUACUGCACCGCCGUGAAGACAGUGCUGCUCUGCAAACCCUACAACUUCAACACCUACCCCUGCAAGGCAGCCUAUUCAUAGCGAGGGCUAACACCUACCCCUGUAAGGCAGCCAUUUUGUAGAGCGGGAGGCUAACACCUACCCCUGCAAGGCAGCCUAUUCAUAGCGAGGGCUAACACCUACCCCUGCAAGGCAGCCAUUUUGUAGAGCGGGAGGCUAACACCUACCCCUGCAAGGCAGCCUAUUCAUAGCGAGGGCUAACACCUACCCCUGCAAGGCAGCCAUUUUGUAGAGCGGGAGGCUAACACCUACCCCUGCAAGGCAGCCUAUUCAUAGCGAGGGCUAACACCUACCCCUGUAAGGCAGCCAUUUUGUAGAGCGGGAGGCUAACACCUACCCCUGCAAGGCAGCCUAUUCAUAGCGAGGGCUAACACCUACCCCUGUAAGGCAGCCAUUUUGUAGAGCGGGAGGCUAACACCUACCCCUGCAAGGCAGCCUAUUCAUAGCGAGGGCCAACACCUACCCCUGCAAGGCAGCCAUUUUGUAGAGAGGGAGGCACACACCUACCCCUGCAAGGCAGCCUAUUCAUAGCGAGGGCUAACACCUACCCCUGCAAGGCAGCCAUUUUGUAGAGAGGGAGGCACACACCUACCCCUGCAAGGCAGCCUAUUCAUAGCGAGGGCUAACACCUACCCCUGCAAGGCAGCCAUUUUGUAGAGAGGGAGGCACACACCUACCCCUGCAAGGCAGCCUAUUCAUAGCGAGGGCUAACACCUACCCCUGCAAGGCAGCCAUUUUGUAGAGAGGGAGGCUAACACCUACCCCUGCAAGGCAGCCUAUUCAUAGCGAGGGCUAACACCUACCCCUGCAAGGCAGCCAUUUUGUAGAGAGGGAGGCUAACACCUACCCCUGCAAGGCAGCCUAUUCAUAGCGAGGGCUAACACCUACCCCUGCAAGGCAGCCAUUUUGUAGAGAGGGAGGCUAACACCUACCCCUGCAAGGCAGCCUAUUCAUAGCGAGGGCUAACACCUACCCCUGCAAGGCAGCCAUUUUGUAGACAGGGAGGCUAACACCUACCCCUGCAAGGCAGCCUAUUCAUAGCGAGGGCUAACACCUACCCCUGCAAGGCAGCCAUUUUGUAGAGAGGGAGGCUAACACCUACACCUGCAAGGCAGCCUAUUCAUAGCGAGGGCUAACACGUACCCCUGCAAGGCAGCCAUUUUGUACAGAGGGAGGAGCAUACCUAGCCCUGCAAGACGGCCAUUUCAUAGCCAGAGCUGCUGGUAAAGGUAUCCUGGGGACAGCAUUCUUCUCAAAUCAAAGACUGCGGUCAUGUUUUUUAAGUGUCUGUUUACACAACAUGCCCCCGUCUGGAAUGCGCACGCAGUGGAAAUGUGGCACGGUCGCACAGACCCUGCAGAGAGCCGGUUUCACUCUGACGGCCUGAAGUUUGGGGGGAGGACACGUGGAGGGGAAAUGUCUGUUCCGAUACAAGGCCGAACAGUCCAGACCACUCACAGAGACGUUCGUAUCAUAACCGAGUCCCCCCCCACCCCCUUUCCUGUUCAAUGAAACUGAACAGAACGGAGCGAUAUGUCCCCUGCUUCAAUCCCUCUUCUCUCCUGUGUUUUUGGGAUAUUGUACAGCCAAAUACCGCGGUGGGGCAUUUCUCCCAUGAGCCUGCAGUCAUUUCCUGCCACUGCCAUUUCCCCAAAACGCACUGCUCACCGCAUCCUGUUCAUUAAACAUUCCCAUAUGGACACUUCCCAAAAUCGGCCCCCAUCGGGAUCGGUGCAGGCAGCAGGGCUCAGUGGAAUUUCCCCAGAACCCACGUCUGCCCCGGACCGUAAAACGCCGGGAUCACGCGCUGGUUUAACGCCGGGAUCACGUGCAGGUUCGUAACAAGGCUGGGCUGCUUCGAUGGUAUGUAUGGGAGCGGAUGACUGGUUUCACGCAGCGUUGAGUAAUCACAGAAAUGAGACUCAGCGUUCUGACUCGACUGCCUUGAUAAACCAGGUCUCUCGGCCAAACGGGCGAGCCCUCGGGGAGAAUCAGCGCUCCACUGCGCUCCUUGCAGGCGCCUCGGAGAAGACCAAUUACAACUGACCAGUGACAAGGCAAUAAAGUCAAUAACACAACUGGACUUCACCUCUGUGUGCCAGCAUGGGAAAUGUGGUCGUCUCACAUACACACUCUCUCUCAGAGGAGGUCAAUCUUUCCCAAUAUGGUAACAGAUGAGCAGAUUUACGGUGGAUAAUAAUUUCCAUGCGUGUUGCCAUGCCUGGUUCUGGGAAAUAAGCCCAAAAACACACACACACACACACACUCUCAGACUCGCACACACGCACGCACACACGCACACGCACACACACGCACACCAUUCUCUACAGGCACAAGUGCUGGGAGUUUAUCCAAAGUUCAUUCUCUUAAAAACUAUCGUUAAGAACAUUUAAGACCAAUGUGAAAUAAAUGUUUAUAACACAA